AAUAAAGAAUCAUAAAAUUUAAUGCGGUGAUUUCAGAAGCAAGUGCAAAGUGCUGUUUUCCCAAUAAUUUCGAUUGUACAAUCCGCCUGCGUUUUUUGUAAAACCAUCAUGUCCAUCAACCUAGAUAUUCGGCUUCGACGAGCGAAUAAGAUUUAUUACGAAGGAGAGACCAUAAGUGGAGUAGUUCAAAUUUCAAGUCCAACGGAAGUGAAACAUGAAGGGAUAAUUUUAGCGCUGGAAGGAUUGGUAAAUCUGACAAUAAGCAACAAAAAUGUAGGAAUAUUCGAGGCGUUGUACAAUUCUGUUAAACCAAUUACACUUCUAAAUCAAUAUUCUGACCUUGCUCCCUCGGGUAAACUACCGCCCGGAGUAACGGAAAUUCCCUUUGAAUUUCCAUUAAUUUGUCCUAAAGAACCUAGAGUUCUGUACGAAACCUACCACGGGGUGUUUGUCAAUAUAACGUACCUUCUGAAGGCAGAAAUUAAACGUAGCUUCCUGUCCAAAACAGUGACUAAAUCUCAACAGUUCAUAAUACAGUACCGCUCAAAUCAACCUAAUGAGAAAAAAUCCGAAGUGAGUUUUUCCAUCAGUCCGGAAACACUUCAGAAAACGGCCAAGGAACGUAUUGCGAUUCCCCGGUUUCUGAUAACCGGAGUGCUGGACUCUACAGAAUGCUGCGUUACGCAACCCUUCACCGGAAGUUUAUCAAUACACUAUACAGAAGUGCCGAUCAAAUCCAUCGAGAUCCAACUGGUACGAGUUGAAACCUGCGGCUGUGCCGAAGGUUAUGCCCGAGAUGCAACAGAAAUACAGAACAUACAGAUUGCAGAUGGUAAUGUUUGUCCGAAGGUUUCCAUUCCGAUUUAUAUGACUUUUCCGCGGCUAUUCACGUGUCCCACAUUGAUAACUAAAAACUUUAAAGUUGAGUUUGAAAUCAAUUUGGUGGUAAUAUUUGGUGAUGACUAUUUGGUGACCGAAAAUUUUCAAAUUGUGCUUAACCGAUCUUCAUAACUCAGCAAUAAGCAAUAGGACAUCAAUAAACCGAAUGAAUUGUUCUUCUUUAUAUAAGUGAAG